AUGGCCGCCGCAGACACAAUGCUUCAUCACGCGUCGCCCUCUCCCCCCUCACGUUCGGCCUCAUCCUCGGUCUCGUCAAACCAGAACAAGCGUCGCCAUCUCGGAGACGGCGACGUCCCAGGCAACCUGUCCAGCAAGAAGCAGCGCACCACAGGAACCUCCAACAUCCAGAACCAGGCAACGCCACUGCAAAGUAACCACAACCAGCAGCAAAGCACCACCCCCGGCGUAACCCCGGCCUUCCAACCAUACGCGUCCCUCCUCGCCAAGCUCCGGCCCCGAUAUGAGGUCAAGACCAUGAGCGUUAUGCCCUCGACCAGCAUCGCCAAGCACGUCGACAAAGCUUUGCAACACCUCGACCGCUUCAACCUGUGGGAUCAAUCCGUGCUUCCCGGUGUGGUGCUCCUGUCCGCCAAGCCAGUGGCUUCGAGCAAGCUUGUCACCAUUGCCGAGCUGGUACGACGGAGGAUUGGCGAGGGGGAGCAAAAGUGGUUUCAGUACAAUGUCCUGACGGAGACAGAAGAGGUGGAAGAGGGCAGUGGUGGGAUGGAGGUGGUGGAGGAUGCGGUUAUGGACUUGACCAAGGAUGGUGAUGAUGACGAGGAGGAGGCGUUCGAGACGAUGGGUGAUCGCAACAACAACAACAAUGAGGGACAACGACGACAACAACAGCAGACGGUUUUCGAGAGAGCUAUCGAGCCAACCAAGGUUCGACACAACAAGUAUGUGAGCGUAUUUUUGUCGAGGAUCCCGAUCGAGGAGCUGAGGACGAUGCGGAACAUUGCUGUGCAGAGCAACGAGCAGCAUAUUGAGCAUUUGAAAAAGAAGAGGGUCAGCUUGGUAGCCUAA